AUAUGUUUAUUAUAGUAAAACAGUUCGGUUGUUGCUCAGUCUUUCGUUAACCGGCAGUCGGAGAGGUUUGAAGUUCGCUGCGAAAUACUCUGUGUGUUGUGUUUGUCAUUGUUUUGUGUUGUAUUUUUCGCUACCGCAAAUGUGUAACCAUUGGUUUGUUUUUGCAUUUUAAGACCAUUUAAUUGUGUUAAGGGUGCCUGAAUCAAUAGAGGAUAUAAAUGCGACAGGAUUUAUUCCGUCAUUGUCGUAGUGAAGUGUUGCAGAUUGCUACGAGCGCGCGUUUCCGUGUCACCCCCGUACCGUCAGAGCAAUUAACCACUAAAGGAGAUGAAUCAAAUUAUCGUACUUUCUUUUGAAAAAAGUUAAUAACAGUGCUUCAUGAUAAAUAAAUAAAAGAAGAGUGUCCAUAAAAUAUACAUACAAAACCGAAGUGUAGUAGUGCGCACGUAUUGUGAUCUCGGGGGAAAAUUUGUGAAGAUCAAAAGUACCUGUUGAACAUGAGCGCGCGUGCAAGUUAAAUUUUACUAAUUGAACGUCGUUACUGCAUGUGGUCGGUGGAAAGAAAGUUUAUGCACGCUGAUCAUUACUAUCAAUGUCGAUUAGAGGAGCUGUCGAAAGCGGUUUAUAGUUUAGCUCAAAAGCAACCCACUGGAAAAUUCGAAAAUUGCGACAGGAAAACACCGACAACGCAACGAUAACGAAAAUGGUUUCAACGCAGUUCGAAGUAUCUAAUUCACCGCCUGUACGAUAUCCGAAGUCAAUAUUUUUCAUUAUCAGCAAUGAAUUCAGCGAACGUUUCAACUACUAUGGCAUGCGAACGGUGCUGGCCCUGUACCUUACCCAAAAGCUCAACUACGAUGAUGAUACGGCUACCGUGAUAUAUCAUGUUUUCACUAGCCUGGCGUACUUCUUCCCUCUGAUGGGUGCCAUCCUCGCCGACAGCUGGUUAGGCAAGUUCAAAACUAUCUUCUACCUGUCUAUGGUAUACUGCAUCGGAAGCACACUGAUAGCACUUGGGGCAAUACCGCCCCUCAAUCUACCAGCCACAGCGAUGACUGUACUUGGAUUGUUAUUCAUAGCAGUAGGAUCUGGAGGCAUUAAGCCUUGCGUAUCGGCGUUCGGGGGAGAUCAAUUCAAACUUCCCGAACAGGCAGUUCAACUCGCAAAGUUCUUUUCGUUGUUCUAUUUCGCGAUCAAUGCAGGUUCACUGAUCUCAACGACGCUAACUCCAAUUCUACGCGAAGAUGUCCAUUGCUUCGACAGUCCCGAUUGUUUCUCGCUUGCCUUCGGGGUACCAGCCGUACUUAUGAUAUUUUCAAUUUUUGUAUUUGUCUGUGGCAAAUCAAUGUAUAAUAUCAAGAAGCCUGCCGGUAAUAUGGUUGUUCUGGUAUUCAAAUGUGUAACGAAUGCUUUGUCAACGCGGAUGAAAGAACGUCACUCCAAUCCACGUGAACAUUGGCUGGAUUAUGCCGAAACUAAAUACGGUCGACAAAUAGUUUCCGAUAUAAAAUCGCUAAUGAAAAUUUUGAUACUCUACAUUCCGCUGCCAGUAUUUUGGGCGUUAUUUGAUCAACAGGGCUCCCGGUGGACAUUCCAGGCAACGAGAAUGAACGGCGAAAUCGGUGCAUUCACUAUCAAACCAGACCAAAUGCAGGUCAUCAACCCGCUGCUCAUUCUUGCAUUUAUUCCUUUUUUCGAAAGUCUAGUAUACCCAGUUCUGGAAAAAGUUGGCAUUAGAACGCCCCUGCGGAAGCUUUCAUUUGGUGGUAUCCUGGCUGGUGCUGCCUUCGUCCUGUCCGGGUUUGUUGAAAUCGCCUUGGAUAAAACGAAUGCUGUGAUUCCCGCGGCGACCGAAUCUCAAUUGCGAAUUUUUAACGGAGUUCCUUGUGAUUACCACUUCAAGACUGAUAUACCCGAAUAUAGUCAGUUCACCGUACAAUCACUCGGGGCAUUCGAAGCUGUACAUGUUAAUACCAUGCAGAACACAACGUUCCGAUUCACAGCAGAAACAACCGAAUCGUUCUGUGUGCAAGCGAACAUUUCCACGAUUUCCGGAACAUUCUAUUUAAAUCCAGGACAUGCCGUCAGUUAUUUCAUUAGUCAGAAAUCGAAUAAAACGACUCUGCUUGAGUUUGCAGACUCAACUGAGAAGGAUAAACGUGGAUUGCCACGAAUCAGAAUACUCGGAAACACAAAAACGACCAACAAUUUAACCCUGAAGAAUAAUUGGAUCGUUGAUGCGCAUUAUAAUGUUUCACUCGAAAGCUUUGAUCAGAUGACGGUUGCAGAUGGGGAAUACGAUGUAUUCAGCGAUAAUGGAACGAGACGAAUUGGGGCACUCAAGCUUGAGCUUGGAGGAGUUUACACUGUUAUACUACAUGAAGUUUUGGAGAAUGAAUUUACACUUCAACGACACAUAAUAACACCCCCCAACUCGCUGCACAUGCUAUGGCUCGUUCCCCAAUACGUUGUAAUCACGGCCGGCGAAGUAAUGUUCUCGAUAACAGGUCUACAAUUUUCAUAUUCCCAAGCGCCCGAAAGUAUGAAAUCAGUAAUACAAGCGUUCUGGCUGCUGACGGUCGCCAUAGGGAAUAUGUUGGUCGUGUUUAUUGCUGAAGCAAAAUUUGUCCACUCGCAAUCGCUCGAAUUUUUCCUGUUUGCAACACUUAUGUUCCUCGAUAUGGCCUUUUUCAUGGUUCUAGCCGCACGCUAUACAUACGCCGAAAAUGAAGAUGAUGUUGAAUCGUGUAACGUCAAAAAACUCGAUAAUAGACUGGAUAUGAACCCGUCCAAACUUAAUCAGGAUCCAAUGGUGAAAGGGUUGGAAAAUGCUAAGUCCGCCUAUACAAACGAUGCUUACGAGAAGACUGAGAGCUGUGAAAGUUGAAAAUCCUAAUCUCAUUUUAAUUGUAUUAUUUGUAUAUUUUAAUCUGCCAAUAUUCAGUUAUUGAAGUGAUUCAAAGCAACAGGUCUGUCUACGAAUAAGUUUGUUAAUAAUACUAUAUCUAUAAGGCCAGAAGAUAUAUUACUAAUUCAUGCAGCAGUGCAUAUAUUUUAA